UGGAGUCUUGUUCUGUCACCCAGGCUGGAGUGCAGUGGCGUGAUUUCCGCUCACUGCAGCCUCCACCUCCUAAGGGUUCAAGAGAUUGUCCUGUCUCACCCUACCGAGUAGCUGGGAUUACAAGCAAGCGCCACCAUGCCCGGCUAAUGUUUUGUAUUUUUAGAAGAGACGGGUUUCGACAUGUUGGUCUCCAACUCCUGACCUCAGGUGAUCCGCCCGCCUCGGCCUCCCAAAGUGCUGGGAUUACAGGAGUGAGCCACCACGCCCAGCCUCAUCUAGUUUUCAUGUUUUAUGGUAUCUCUGUAAGUUGCCUCACAUCCUUGCAGAAAGGGACUGCUGUAAAUAAAUAACAUGAAGAAAAUUAUCCCUUAAAUUCAGGGUGUAGAUCUGUUACGGCAAAUUUAUGACUGCAGGGUUCGAUUUUAAUUUGUUGUUGUUUCCCCCUCCGUUUUUUUUCUUUUUUUUUUAGGAGGAGUCUCACUCUGUAGCCCAGGCUGCAGUGCAAUGCAAUGGCGCCAUCUCAGCUCACUGCAACCUCCGCCUCCAGGGUUCUAGCGAUCCUCCUGCCUCAGCCUCCGGAGUAGACUGGAUUACAGGCGCCUGCCACCAAGCCCGGCUAAUUUUUUGUUUUUUCAGUAGAGACGAGAUUUCACCAUGUUGGCCAGGCUGGUCUCGAAUUCCUGACCUCAAGUGAUCCAACCUCCUCGGCCUCCCAAAGUGCUGGCGUGAGCCACCGCGCCCAGCCUGAUUUGAAUUUUAAUUCAUUAGCGACGUUUAAAAAUCCCAGGAUUUCACAUAAAAAUCCAGAUUUCAGACGUCGAAAAAAAAAGUAAAAUGUUAUCUCCCAAUGCCGCAGGCAAAUAGGAUCACAGUCCUGAAUAGCAACCGCGGUCUCCAGUGGUUACGGUUCUCAUAUCCAUUUUGCUCCAUUUUAUUACCUGAGAGGACCGGUAUUUUCAAAACCUGGUGUAUCAGUAACUUUUAGGGGAAACUUUUGAAAAAAGGACUGCACACGCACCCUUUCUUCCUUCUCGUUCUUUGAAAGGAAACAACAGAAACAAUUCAUUCUGCAGGCAUUCUGCGCUAGUCCCACAGACAGGCGAUUAACAAGAGAUAAAAAGGUGUGGGUCCCAUAGGCGGUACGGUGUUACCCCUUCUAGUUCGCGGGUACCACGUUGCCGGUAGGGAUACGGACCCACUGCGACUAGCACAAGGAGUGCUGAACCGAGCUAUGCAAAAUUCUAACGAGAAGGUGGAACGGUACUUAAUGAAGAGGAUUAAGGAAUCUAAAUCGGUUUCGCUAAAUUAGACACAUCUGUCUAAGCAGCCACGGCCUGUUCGCAGCAGGGGUGGGAAGACAAACCAACGCCCCAGCUCUCCAUUCAAUCACCAGCAACUCAGUUCUGGACUAGACGCACUCUACGAAGAUACCCGGGUUUCCGGAGCAACCGCCCGGGCCGUCCUCCUUUGGCCCCGCCUCCGAGACUCUUUCCCGCCAAAGGCCGUUAUCGCCGCAGAGCAUGGUGGGACAACGCUUUAGGCUAGGUUUCACAAAGUCCUUUGAAGGCGCCGAGUUGCUUUCAAAGGUCCUCAUUCCUGGGGAAAUCGACCAUCCUUCAAGACCCGACCUGGAUGACUAGCUCCUUUAACGAAAGUUCGUUAUUUAACUUUUACCAAACGGCUGGUCACUCUGUUCGCAAACCACCCCAAGCUGGGAACGCGGGGGACUUUUUUUCCCCCUUCGUGCGGAGGGUGACGUCGCGCGUGCGUGCGCGUGCGUUGAGCGUAGCCCUCGCAGCACCCGUUGCGCUCCCGCGCGUGCGUGUUGGGAUCGAAUCGCUGUUUCCUUCCGCUUCUCUUCCUCUGUCUCCCCCCCAUAUCCGUGCGCCGAGCUGAUAAAGGCGCCAUUUUGGAGGGGCCGCGGGAGACGUGGUGCCGCUGCGGGCUCGCUCUGCCGUGCGCUAGGCUUGGUGGGAAGGCCUGUUCUCGAGUCCGCGCUUUUCGUCACCGCCAUGUCGGGAGGUGGUGUGAUUCGUGGCCCCGCAGGGAACAACGAUUGCCGCAUCUACGUGGGUAACUUACCUCCAGACAUCCGAACCAAGGACAUUGAGGACGUGUUCUACAAAUACGGCGCUAUCCGCGACAUCGACCUCAAGAAUCGCCGCGGGGGACCGCCCUUCGCCUUCGUUGAGUUCGAGGACCCGCGAGACGCGGAAGACGCGGUGUAUGGUCGCGACGGCUAUGAUUACGAUGGGUACCGUCUGCGGGUGGAGUUUCCUCGAAGCGGCCGUGGAACAGGCCGAGGCGGCGGCGGGGGUGGAGGUGGCGGAGCUCCCCGAGGUCGCUAUGGCCCCCCAUCCAGGCGGUCUGAAAACAGAGUGGUUGUCUCUGGACUGCCUCCAAGUGGAAGUUGGCAGGAUUUAAAGGAUCACAUGCGUGAAGCAGGUGAUGUAUGUUAUGCUGAUGUUUACCGAGAUGGCACUGGUGUCGUGGAGUUUGUACGGAAAGAAGAUAUGACCUAUGCAGUUCGAAAACUGGAUAACACUAAGUUUAGAUCUCAUGAGGGAGAAACUGCCUACAUCCGGGUUAAAGUUGAUGGGCCCAGAAGUCCAAGUUAUGGAAGAUCUCGAUCUCGAAGCCGUAGUCGUAGCAGAAGCCGUAGCAGAAGCAACAGCAGGAGUCGCAGUUACUCCCCAAGGAGAAGCAGAGGAUCACCACGCUAUUCUCCCCGUCAUAGCAGAUCUCGCUCUCGUACAUAAGAUGAUUGGUGACACUUUUUGUAGAACCCAUGUUGUAUACAGUUUUCCUUUAUUCAGUACAAUCUUUUCAUUUUUUAAUUCAAACUGUUUUGUUCAGAAUGGGCUAAAGUGUUGAAUUGCAUUCUUGUAAUAUCCCCUUGCUCCUAACAUCUACAUUCCCUUCGUGUCUUUGAUAAAUUGUAUUUUAAGUGAUGUCAUAGACAGGAUUGUUUAAAUUUAGUUAACUCCAUACUCUUCAGACUGUGAUAUUGUGUAAAUGUCUAUCUGCCCUGGUUUGUGUGAACUGGGAUGUUGGGGGUGUUUGUGGUUAUCUUACCUGGGGAAGUUCUUAUGUUUAUCUUGCUUUUCAUGUGUCUUUCUGUAGACAUAUCUGAAGAGAUGGAUUAAGAAUGCUUUGGAUUAAGGAUUGUGGAGCACAUUUCAAUCAUUUUAGGAUUGUCAAAAGGAGGAUUGAGGAGGAUCAGAUCAAUAAUGGAGGCAAUGGUAUGACUCCAAGUGCUAUUGUCACAGAUGAAAUUGGCAGUAUUGACCUUAUACUAAAAGGCAGGGGUUAAAAAUGAUUAUAUACAUUUUCCUUAAAACACUUGCAAACAUUUUAUUCAGUUAUCUUUAGCUACAAUUGCUUUGCUCUUUAAACCUUGGCAAUUGUGGCAAAAUUAUAUUGCCCAUUUUGUAGCAACUUAUUUUGCUCCCUUCCCCCCAUUUUUGUUUUAAUAGGGACUAAUGUGGGAAGAACUGGCUAAUUUGUCACAGUACUUAGUUACAACUGUUAAUGUGUGACCUGCUGUUGGUGUACAUGUGGGUACAGGGUGUCUUUAAAUCCAACAAGAUAGAGUAUAAUAUCAAUACUGCUAAAUCUGCAUGUCCUCUGUGUGACUGAUAGAGCGUUGCUAUUUCAUUUUUUUAAGACAAAAUGAAAGCAAAAUAUAGAGUUCCAAUGUAUUGGUGUAGAUAAUCUAGUUGGGAAUACUUUUAAGUCUCACCUUCCCCUUUAAACUAAUAUUCAUAAUUGGUUCAUAUGUUUAAAAGACUUUAAUUUACAAAUUAAAUUGCAAAUGGGAGCAUUAGAUUUAGUUUUAGACUUAGGUGGGUAGCAAUGCCAGUAAACUUAAAUUACGUAACUUCUUGCAACCACGAAACCUGUAAUACGCUGUACAGUAACAAGUGUUGGCAUUAUCAGUUGAACUGUAAAUACAAAAUGCUUCUUCCAAUUAGUCUCUAUGAUGAUUAAGUUUCUAAAAUUUAUCUGAACACCAUUCAGAAACUUGUUUUGGGGAAUUUGAUAGUUAUUGAUGUGCAUCUGUUAAACUGAUGACAGACAUAACUCAUCAUUCCCCAGAAACCUUUUUUGAUUACAGUAUCUAACAUUUUGCCUCCUCUUUUUUGGUUUUGCUGGUUAUAAAGGUUUGGAUUGGAGAGGGCUCACUGGAUCCCAAUCCUUGGAGCUGGAUCAUUGGAUUCAAAUCAUAAUGUGGAUAGGAUAGGGAGGAUGAAUUACCAGGAUUCAUGGAGCGGGAUCAGAUUACCAGGAACAUAGGAGUGGAUUCCUGCCCCAACCAAACCGCAUUCGUGUGGAUUUUUUUAUUCAACUUAAUUGGCUAUUCCAAAGAUUUUUUUUUUUUUCCUAUUUUUGACGAUUGGAGCCCUUAAGAUGCACGAUGGAAUUGUGUUUUGCGUUUUUUGGUAAAAGGAGCAAAGCGAGGACCUGGAGAUAAACGCUGGAGCAAUCUCCUUGGAAGGAUUCAGCACGAGUAGAUGGUAAACAUUUAAAGGGGAAAGGGGGGGUUUGUUUAAAAUAGUAAAUCAGUAAGUCACUUCUAAAUUUAAAGAAAACAAAAUUGGAGUUGAAGAAUAAGUAGGUUUCCAAUUGGCUAUUGCCGUUUUCUUUGAAAAAAUAAACAUUUUUUAAAAAACUA